AUGGGUGAUAGGGAGCAUGCGCGGGCGACAUGGGAUGCUGAGGCCCUGGAUGUUGCGGUCCCGGAUGCUGAGGGCCCGGGUGAUGCUGCGGCGGCGGCGGCGGUUGGCGGUACGGGUCCUGCAUGGGAGCGAGAAUCUCUUGGUCGGAGUGUCGACGGUCAAUCUCAGGAUGCUGCUGAGCGUGCCCAUGAACCGACGCCGGUGCUGGCGGCGCGGGAGGAGGCAGCUCGGGGGCACGAGGCGGGUAUGGCUGGUAGUGGUGAUGGUGGUGAGACGGGCCUUGGGGGGGAGGAGGCGGCGGCGGCGGCGGCGGCGGUAGCUGGGGAUUGGAAGCAGCAUGAGGAGCGUGAGAAGGAUGAGGAAGAGAGUGAUGAGGUGACGGAGGAAGAGAGUGAUGAUGAGGAUGCGGCAACGUAG